AAAAACGAAGGCUGAGAAGACAAUAUAUACACGAGUGUUCAGUGCAAGAUAAACGAGAGCGUUGUUAAUUGCCACACGCGAAAGGAAGAAGGCAAAAUUGUGCGCAUCUCAUUACAGUCUGAACACUUAAAGAAAGAACUAUCAGUGAUCCACUGGAUUUAUUAGUGUCUUUUAAUUUAGAAAUUAUAUCAAACAGUCCUGAUUACUAUUGCUCCUCAGUAAAUAAGUGUUAAAGGUAUUCCAUUAGCUGCAGUUUAAGAGGAAUAGACACCUCUGAUAUAAAUAUUGUGUUUGGCAAGUUUUUGAAAAAUCGUCAAAAUUCCGGUCCCCACAAGGAACCCAGAAGGCCCCCAACAAACUGGUGGGAGAAAUCCACUGACUUCUGGUGACGAUAACUUGUAUAAUAACAAAAUGAACAAUAAAAGAAAGAAUCGUUCAAAUCCAACUAGAUCCCCGCGGGCACGGGGUCCGCAAGAACGUUGUGUUGUUGCAGAUGGAGUAUACAAUAAUGCUCAUUUUAUGCAUGCAAUCACAAGUCACGUAGGCAAUAUUGUACAGAUUCAAACUCAAAAUGGUUCAAUAUAUGAAGGUAUAUUUAGAACUUUCUCUAGUCAAUUCGAAUUAGUUUUGGAAAUGGCUCACCGUGUUGAAAAUUCUGGUAAAAUAAGUGUAGACAGUGUUGUAGAAAAAUUGAUAUUUAAAUCACAAGAUAUUAUUACAUUUUCUGCAAGAGAUGUUGAUCUGGACUAUGCAACUAGGGAUACAUUCCAGACAGAUACUGCCAUUAGUAAAUUUAAUGGUCUAAUCAAAGGAGAAAAAGAGCUUGAACCUUUUUUUCUGGCUGUGCAAGAUGAUAUUGCUACAACAAAUGGAGCUAAUUUAGAGUUAGAUCGUACUGCUAAUGGUUGGCCUGCUGAUGAUAUGUUUCGAACAAAUGAACAAACGUUUGGCAUUCAAUCAACAUUUGAGCCAAAUUUAAGCCAAUAUACGGUUAUACUUCAAUGUGAAGAUACUAAAGAUUAUAAAGAACAAGAAAAGAAAGCAGCAAAGAUAGCUAGUGAAAUUGAAUCCCAACCAGAUCACAGAGUACGAUUGGAACUUGAAAAUGGUGAUGAGGAAGAAAGAUUUGCUGCAGUUAUACGUACUAAUGACUCCAAUUAUGGUCGAUCUAAUAAUAACGAAGGUAAAUAUGUACCACCUGCAAAAAGGAAAAAUGGCAACACUGGUAAAUUAAUGCGAACGACGCCUCCACCACAGUCUCCAGGUUCGGCGUCAAACAAAAAUUUAUUUAAUCAGGCUCCGCCAUCUGCCAAUGCUACUGUAAGCGUUCCUCCAACAAAUAACAUUCCAGUAAGCAUGUCGUCGCAUCCUCCCGUGAUACAACAUCCAGUACCCCUAAAUAUGGGUGGUAUACCAAGUGGAGUCGUCGUCCCUUACAAUCCUCCGCCAUUUGUUCCUCCACCAACCUCUCAACCUCCACCUCCAAAUGUUGCAGUUCCUGUAAUGUCUCAAGGUCAGCCCCCUUCCCAAGUAACAUCCAAUCUACCUCAAGUACCCUUUUCAUCACAACAGCCACAAUCUUCCAUGAACAAAAUGAAUAUGGAUAAGCGUGAACGUCCAAGCAGACAAGUAUAUCAAUCUGAUAAAGCACCACCGGCACCCUUCCCUGGAGUUCAUGUAGUACCUCAACAUUCACAGCAACCUACUCAAUCACAACCACCAACCCAUGUUCCCAUGCAACAAUCUUCUAUGGAUGGCUCUCCACAGAUAUCAACAAAAGAACAGCAACAUCGAAAGGUGCCAACACCAAGAGGAAGAGAGGAACAGCACUCUGAGCUCAGACAGUUCGCCUCAGAUUUUAAAUUAGCUGAUCAACAGACGACUCAAGAGGUACAACAGCAACAAUCAACACUUGGUAGAAAACCACAUCCUCAAGAAGCACAUAUAUCUCAAGUUCCACCUAUGGGUCCAUCACAUCAUCAACAACCACAUUCUCAUAACUCAACAUCACAAACAGUACCUCAGCCGUUACCUCAACAACAGCAAUCUUAUCAACAACAAACCCAUCAGUCACCAAUUCAGGAAGAGCUAGUCGUGAUAAAUAAACCUCCACCAUGUCCAAUACCUGUUCAACCAACAAGUCCACCUCAACAACCUCAGCAGCAAGUACAGACACAAGUUCCAUCUUCACAGUCAUCACAAUCUCAGCCACAAACUCCACAAGUUCCUGUACUCCAACAAACACAGGAGGAUUCAAGCAUGGAGAAGAUAACCGCUUCUUUUAAGAAAUCCAAAUUAAAUCCAAAUGCUAAGGAGUUCAAUCCAAAUGUUAAACCUUUUACUCCUAGAUCUCCUAGUACACCAACUCCAAGUAGACCUCAUACACCUCAAACACCACAGUAUGCAGCAGCUACAAUGUCAUCUGCUGUAGUGAUGCCUGCAUUUAUAAUGCAGAGUCAACCACCUACAGCAUUUACUCAGCCUCCAUCUCAGCCAGUAACAAGGUUUCGAAAGAAUCAAUAUCUAGUCCCAAUGAUGCAACAUCGUGCACCAGAUGUAGCAUCACAAAUGCAAGUAGCUGCUGCAACGGGACAACCACUACUCGCUCCAGCACCUUUGCAUCCACCCUUCCAACUGCCUUAUUCAGGUCAACCGACAUAUGGAGCACAAAUGGUGAGGAUGGUGCCUGCACCACCACCACCACCACAUAUGACAGCUAAUCCAUAUCACCACCAUCAUGAAUCACCAGGACCUCAAGCUCCUGGUAUACAAUAUAUGAAUCCACAUGCACAUCCCCAUCCACAUGUGAGCCAACAGCAACCAAAUCAGACUCCAUCACCAGCGAAUCCCAAUCCCCCGCAUACACCUGGUACUUACAAUCCACCAGGUACACCUCAACCAUCAUACCCACAACCGCCUCCACAAAGUCAUGCGCCAACGGGAUAUCCUAUAAUGUGCCCAAUAAUUCCACCACAUAUACCUAUACCACCUCAGCAUAUGCAAUACAUACCUCCUCAACCACCACCGGGUCAACAAACUAUACCAGUUAUCUUACCCCACACUCAGUAGUCCCGCGCUAUCCCGGGCAAACAGCUGCGACAGAGCCGACGACAUGGAUAUCCUUAAACAUUCAUUUGUAAAGAUGAACAAACAAACAUGAUGAAUGUUUACUGCGAUAUUAUCGAACGGAUCUGCUAGUGCCAGGGAGUGUUAGAUAAACUAAUAAAACUAUUAAUAUAAAUAUAUACUUCAGAAGUAAUAAUACAACGACGAUAAUGGAAUAAGCCAAUGUUGCAAGGCUACUUUAAUCAGUGUUGAGUAACAAUGGUUGAAACAUAAAUUCUUUAUAUUUUCUACAUCGAUAUCCAUGUUUAAUUAUCUUCUUGAUCAUUGAAAUUUCCUUCUUUUCUCCUAUUCUUUUAUAUAAUUUUUUUGUUUUAAAUAGAAGAUUUUUCAUUGAUCAUUAUUCAUACGCAAUACAUAUCUGCUGUCGAUUACAUUAAGGACAGCCAGUACUAUCUUUUUAAAAAAUUGGAUUUCGUUAUGUUCUUAAAAAGAAUAAAAAAUAUUAUCUUCAGUGCCGCACAGAAAAUAAAUGCAAAGAGUAUAAAUAACUCUUAAAAGUAUUUUUACCGCGACCGAAAGAUAUGGUUUUCAAAGAAAUUGAGUUUCCGCAGUUCACAGUGUAUGUAACUGCAUUAAACGAAGCUCAUAGUGAAAAAAAUUAAUUUUAUCAUUUUUUAAAAUUGAUAGUCAUAAAACCUAUCGAUUUUUCUGAUUAUGCUUUGCAAAUGUAUGGGAAAUGAUGCAGAAUCGUAAAAAAAAUGGAAAAUCAAAUUAAUGAUACAUGUAUGUUAUUAAAAUUCCCUGAAUUCUCUUUAUGAAUGUUAUGCAUAUACCAAAGUUAAUAAUCGGCAAAAAUCCUGAAAGAAAAAUCGAACCGCAAAGUGACAGGAUGUCAUUAAAAAAAUGUGGUAUAUGAAAAAAAAAAUAAAGUCUUUACUUAGAACAAUAUUCUAAAUGCCUUUUAGAAAAAUCUUAGAUGAUUUAAAUACAAAAUUUUCAAAUAGACAUAGUGCCAUAAAUUUGUGCAUACAAUUGUCAAAAAUAUUUGUGAGAAAUAAAGCAGAAAAUCACUGAAGUAAUAUGUUUUAAAAUGAACGACAUUCGAUACAAAAAGAGAGUUGAAGACUCCUUAAUUUUGAAAAAAUAAGAAAAUGAAAAACGUAUGCGUAUCGAAAAAUACGAAUAUCGCGAUAUGAGUACGUAUGGAGUAACAACAGAGUCGUG